GCGCUAAGAAAACAGAAAUAAAAUGAUUUGUAUGUAGUUAUUGAAGAAACAACGCGGGUGCUGUGUUUUUGUUAGCUUUGGUAACGUGUCAAACGUACGACUGAUGGGUUUGUUGGCAUUUUUGAACGACAAUUUCUCAAAGCCGGACCAUUCCAUUUGGAAAGGUAUGUGGUGAGACGUGGUUUACACCAUUAUCCCUGACUAUCGAGGAGAAAUUAUUAUCCCAAAAAUAAAAAAAGGAGCAGAGUCACACGAAGGUUGUCGUGUUAAUUGCACUCAAAUCCUAAUAGAGAGAAAAACACCGCAGCGCAGCCUGAAAGCUCCACAGUGUGUUAACCCUGAGCUCAGAGUGGUACAAUCAAACCCAGCCUUGGCUGCGAGGAGACUCGAAUCACUUUUCACCACUGAGGCACAGGCACAGGCAACACCGGCGACAGAGGAGACGCAGGUUGAGAAAAGACACCAAAACAACUGACAGUCUGGGUUUUAUGUUUCCUCAAGUGUCGGCAAGAUGUCCACGAAGGCAGAGCAGUUUUCCUCCAAGAUACGAUACCUGCAGGAGUAUCACAACCGUGUGCAGCACAACAUUUACCCCGUGCCGUCGGGAACAGACAUCGCAAACACACUGAAGUACUUUUCCCAGACCCUGCUCAGCAUUCUGUCCCGCACAGGCAGGAAGGAGAACCAGGAAGCUUCCAAUUUGGCCGUGCCCAUGACCAUGUGUCUUUUUCCUGUGCCAUUCCCACUCACCCCAUCUCUAAGACCACAAGUCAGUUCCAUCAACCCUACAGUUACUCGCUCCCUCCUUUACAGCGUUCUGCGCGAUGCCCCGUCAGACCGCGGGGGGCAGGGGCAGCAGAGUCGGGACGCUCAGCUCUCAGAGUACCCCUCUCUGGACUAUCAGGGCCUCUAUGUGACCCUCGUGACCCUGCUUGACCUGGUGCCCCUGCUGCAGCACGGUCAGCAUGAUCUGGGACAGUCCAUAUUUUAUACCACCACGUGUCUCCUGCCCUUUCUCAGUGAUGACAUUCUCAGCACUUUGCCCUAUACUAUGAUCUCCACCUUAGCCACUUUCCCCCCAUUCCUUCACAAAGACAUCAUCGAAUACCUCAGCACGUCCUUCCUCCCCAUGGCCAUACUGGGCUCCACCCGGAGGGAUGGAGGAGUUCCAGCUUAUGUUAAUUUCUCAGCCUCCUCCAUGCUCAUGAUUGCAAUGCAGUACACGUCAAAUCCAGUUUAUCACUGUCAGCUGUUGGAGUGUCUGAUGAAGCACAAACAGGAAGUGUGGAAGGACCUUCUUUAUGUCAUAUCCUACGGACCCUCCCAAGUCAAGCCCCCUGCGGUGCAGAUGCUCUUUCAUUACUGGCCCAACCUGAAGCCCCCAGGAGCAAUCAGUGAAUACAGAGGGCUGCAGUACACCGCCUGGAAUCCCAUCCACUGUCAACAUAUUGAAUGCCACAAUGCCAUCAACAAACCUGCUGUCAAGAUGUGUAUAGAUCCCACGCUGUCCGUUGCCCUGGGAGACAAGCCCCCCCCUCUGUACAUCUGUGAGGAGUGCAGCCAGAGGAUCGCAGGAGACCAUGCUGAAUGGCUUGUUGAUGUCCUGCUGCCUCAAGCAGAGAUAUCAGCCAUUUGUCAGAAGAAGAACUGUAGCUCACACGUUAGAAGGGCUGUGGUCACCUGCUUCUCAGCCGGCUGCUGCGGGCGCCAUGGAAACCGGCCUGUCCGCUACUGCAAGCGUUGCCAUGUCAACCACCACAGCAGUGAGGUGGGGGCUGCAGCAGAGACCCAUCUCUACCAGACCUCGCCCCCUCCCAUCAACACACGGGAGUGUGGUGCUGAGGAACUGGUGUGCACCGUAGAAGCUGUUAUAAGUUUGCUCAAGGAGGCAGAAAUUCAUGCAGAACAGCGUGAGUUUGAGCUUAACAAGCGUCGUCAAAUGGGCCUGUCUGCCUCUCACCAUUCUCUGGACAACAUCGAGUUUGACAACAAGGAGGACGACCAGCACGACCAGCGUCUGCUCAGUCAAUUUGGCAUCUGGUUCCUGGUGAGCCUGUGUACCCCCAAUGAGAACACGCCCACUGAGAGCCUGGCCCGGCUGGUUAGCAUGGUCUUCCAAUGGUUCCACUCCACCGCCUACAUGAUGGAUGAUGAAGUUGGAAGCCUGGUGGAAAAACUGAAGCCUCAAUUUGUCACCAAGUGGCUAAAGACAGUGUGCGACGUGCGCUUCGACGUUAUGGUCAUGUGUCUGCUGCCCAAACCUGCUGAAUUUGCCCGGGUGGGAGGCUACUGGGACAAGUCGUGCAGCACGGUGACCCAGCUGAAGGAGGGUCUGAACCGCAUCCUCUGUCUGAUACCUUACAACAUCAUCAGUCAACCACUGUGGGAAUGCUUCAUGCCUGAGUGGCUGGAGUCCAUUCGCACUGAGGUUCCAGACCAUCAACUUAAAGAGUUCAGAGAAGUACUCAGCAAAAUGUUUGAUAUUGAGCUGUGUCCCCUGCCCUUCUCCAUGGAGGAAAUGUUUGGCUUCAUCAGCUGCAGAUUCUCUGGAUAUCCGGCGUCUGUGCAAGAGCAGGCUCUGCUGUGGCUCCAUGUGUUGUCAGAGCUGGACAUCGUGGUGCCGCUUCAGCUCCUGAUUGCGAUGUUUUCCGAUGGAGUAAACUCUUUAAAAGAACUGGCCAAUCAGAGGAAGGCACGGUCUUCUGAUAUUAGCGGAAACUCCGGGGCUCGAAGGGUCAGUGUGGUGUCAGAUCCAGGGCGUCGUGGGCAUCACAACACCCUCAGCCCAUUCCCCAGCCCCUUUAGAAGCCCCUUCCACAGCCCGCUGCGCUGCAGCCCCUUCAAAAACCUGGGUCACGCUGCUGGACACUGUGCCCUGGAUCUGGACUGUGAUGACGAUGACAUGAACCUUGGUUGUUUUAUUCUCAUGUUUGACCUCAUCCUAAAGCAGAUGGAGCUCCAGGACGACGGCGUGAUGCUGGGUUUAGACAGCGGACUAGGAAAGGAUAUCGUGGGCAUUAUCAACAAUGUUUUCCAGGCUCCAUGGGGGGGCUCACACACAUGCCAGAAGGAUGAGAAGGCGCUGGAGUGCAGCCUGUGUCAGUCAAGCAUUCUGUGCUUCCAGUUGGGAUGUGAACUUCUGGAGAGGCUGACCCCCCGGGAGGAGAUACGCCUGGUGGAGCCUACAGAUAGUUUGGAGGAAACGUUGCUCUUACCUCAGUCAGAUUUCUCCAUUGCGACGGAGAACGCAAACGAGGACAGAGACAAUCCUGGUGGUGUGAACACCGACAACACCAGCAACUAUUCUCCUGAUGAUGCACCCAUGAAGAAUAACUCCGAUAAGAAGUUCUCCUACCAGCAGCUGCCCGUGUCUUUGAAGCUCAUUUACACAGUCCUUCAAGAAAUGUCCAAGUUCGAGGAGCCGGACAUCUUGUUUAACAUGCUGAACUGUCUGAAGAUCUUGUGUCUCCAUGGAGAGUGUUUGUACCUCGCCAGCAAGGAUCACCCCCAGUUUUUGGCCUACGUCCAGGAGAAGAUGCUUAUCCCGUGUCUGUGGUCCAUGCUGAAGUCAGAGUUUUGCCAGUUGGCCUCUCUGGCCGUGCCUCUGCUCCUGCACGCCCUCUCUCUUUCCCACGGAGCCGACAUCUUCUGGAACCACAUCAGCUUAAAUUUUAACAGCAAGGACUGGAAGAUACGAUUUGAAGCUGUCGAGAAGGUCGCCGUGCUGUGCAGGUUCCUGGACAUCGGCGCUGUGACGAAAAACCACCUGCUGAAAUAUUCAUUGGCUCAUGCUUUCUGCUGCUUCCUGACAUCUGUGGAGGACGUCAACCCAGCUGUGGCCACUCGAGCCAGACUGCUCCUGGACACCAUCAAGAGGCCGUCACUGCAGGGCCUGUGUCUGUGCCUGGACUUCCAGUUUGACACUGUUGUGCGUGAUCGACCAAUCAUCCUGAGUAAACUCCUGCUGCUGCACUUCCUCAAGAAAGACAUUCCUGCCCUGAGCUGGGAAUUUUUCGUCAACCGCUUUGAAACUUUAUCUCUGGAGGCCCAGCUACAUCUGGACUGCAACAAGGAGUUCCCCUUUCCCACAACCAUCACGGCCGUACGGACUAACGUAGCCAACCUCAGUGAUGCGGCGAUGUGGAAGAUACGAAGAGCUCGUUUCGCCCGGAAUCGUCAGAAGAGUGUACGUUCACUGCGUGACAGUGUGAAAGGAGACCUGGCCGAAUCAAAAAGAGCAUUUUCACUUCCAGAGUCACAGUCACAGAGCAACAGACUUCCUCUCAGGCUUAUCAGGCAAGAACAGUCGGCACCGACGCUGGGAGAUAUGAUAGAAAAAGUCCUGCCAGGCCAUACGCCGUCUCCUGAGGACGACUCCAUCAUCAGAGACCUCCUCCCUGAGGAUGUUGGCAUCGAUCACCAGACGGUCCACCAGCUGAUCAUGGUGCUCAUGAAGUUUAUGGCCAAAGAUCAAAGCAGCGCUGAGGCUGACAUCGGCAGUGCCAAGGCCUUCAAUACUGUGAAGCGUCAUCUGUACGUGCUGCUGGGCUACGACCAACAGGAGGGCUGCUUCAUGAUCGCCCCUCAGAAGAUGCGGACCUCCACCUGCUUCAAUGCCUUCAUUGCUGGAAUUGCACAAGUGAUGGACUACAACAUUGGUUUGGGAAAGCAGCUGCUCCCUCUUGUGGUGCAGGUGUUGAAGUACUGCACGUGUCCACAGCUAAGACACUAUUUCCAGCAGCCGCCACGUUGCUCUCUCUGGGCUCUGAAACCACACAUCAGACAGAUGUGGCUCAAGGCGUUGCUAGUCAUCCUGUAUAAGUACCCUUACAGAGACAUGGACGGCAGUAAAGUUGUCCUCCAUCUGAUCCACAUCACUAUCAACACACUCAACGCCCAGUAUCACAGCUGUCGCCCUCAUGCCACAGCGGGACCUCUUUACAGCGACAACUCCAACAUGAGCCGCUACAGUGAGAAGGAGAAAGAAGAGGACAGCGUCUUUGAUGAGUCUGACGUCCAUGACACUCCGACUGGCGCAGCUAACAAGGAGUCGCAGACCUUCUUUGCCCGCUUGAAGAGGAUUGGCGGCAGCAAGUCUGUGAAGUACCAGCCAGUGGAGUUGAAUGCCAAAAAAAGUGACAUUGAGCUGUCAGAGUACCGUGAAGCCAGCGCCCUACAGGACAGCAUCCUGCACUGUGUGAGGGAGGAGAGCACCAGGAAGAAGAGGCUGCAGGCCAUGCACAAGCAGAAGUCUCUGGAUAUUUCCAACACAGACUCCAUUCUUUUCAACCUGGAUGAGCACAGGCGAAAGUCGUGCAUCGACCGCUGUGACAUGCAGGUCCCACCUGUGGUCUUGCCCCCAUCGUCAUCCACAUCCCACAGCAGGCGUCGUGGGAAAGGAUCUUUCGAUGGCUCGUUUGUCCGGGUGGAGGCCGGUGACCCCGCAGACCGAAGAGGCUCCCGAGGCGGCCAUUCUGAUAUUUCCAAACCUGUCAUCCCAGAAGUCCGUCUUAGCUGCAUGACAUUUGACGACAAACUGGACCAAAGCUCUCUGGGAGGAUCGGCUCAGGGAAAGGAGGACCAGGACCUCAUUGACCUUUCUUCUGACUGUACAUCGAUUCCAGAGAAGCACUCGCUGCUGUCGAUGUCAGACACUGACUCAUUAGUCUUUGAACCGCUACCUCCUUUAAGAAUCAUCGAAAGUGAUGAAGAGUUCGAUUUUAGCGCCAUCUUGAACAAGUUCAAUGGCAGUCCAAAGGUGUCCACUUCUCCUGCCAGCAGUAACACCCUUCGCCUGUCUCCGGUGGUCCAGGUGAGUGUGGAGGACUGUUCGAGUGGGAAGAAGACACCAGAAAACAGCUCAGAGAAGACACUUGUGCAAAACACGCCAACUGGCUUGACACCAAGUACCUCUCUGGAUCUUCCUGAUCGACAGGAAUAUAUCUGCCACGAGAGUCCAAUGACACUUAAGCAGAAAAGAGACCUUCUCAGAAAGACCCCUCAUGUCCCGGACACCUCAUUAGAUGAUGCGUCUGUGAUCCCUGAAGACGUCAGGACUGGGAUAGGACUUGGAAGCAGUCCCUCUGGUAGGACAAUUUUCUUAGACAUCCCUGAAGACAAAGCGGAGCCUCUUUCUUCACCAGAGAAAAGCAAGAGUAUUAGCAAUGAUGAGGAAGAAGAAGAUAGUGAUGAUGAAGAUGAUGAUGACAUGGGAGAUGGUGACGAUGCAGACAGUGACCCUAAACCUGAGAACGGGGAGGAAAAUGAUGAGGCAGAGUUUAAAAUCCAAAUAGUUCCCCGCCAAAGAAAACAGAGAAAGAUAGCUGUUAGCGCCAUCCAGAGGGAAUAUCUGGACAUCUCCUUCAACACUUUUGACAAGCUCAGUGGUGAGCCGACCGCAGAAGCAGAUCACAAAGUUCUGUCAACAUUGGAAAAGCCAAGAGAAUCGGCCUCAGCCCCAACGCUUGACGCUGGUAUUCCUGAAACAAGCCAUCGCUCUUCAUUAUCAACUCAGUACCGUCAGGUGAAGCGAGGCUCUCUGGGAGCUCUGACCAUGAGUCAGCUUAUGAAGAGACAGUUGGAGCAUCAGUCCAGCGCACCUCACAACAUCAGCACCUGGGAAACAGGUCCAACAAAAACCAGUCUGCUAUCUGCACCCAGUACAGUGAGCAUGUUUGUCCCUGCACCAGAGGAGUUCAUCGACGAGCAGCCAACCACCAUGUCAGACAGGUGUCGUGACUGUGCAGCUGUGCUGGAGGAAUAUGACGAGGAGACCCUGGGCCUGGCGGUGGUCGUCCUCUCCAUGUUCGUCCACCUCAGUCCUGACUUGGCUGCUCCCAUGCUUCUCGACAUAAUGCAGUCCGUGGGCAGGUUGGCAUCAAGUGGCAAUUUUUCCGGACAAGCUGAGAGCAUGUUGAUUCCAGGGAAUGUAGCAGGUGUAGCCAAACAGUUUCUGCGCUGCAUGUUCCACCAGCUGGCACCUAAUGGAAUCUUGCCCCAACUGUUCCAGAGUAACAUCAAAGAUGGAAGUUUCCUCCGAACACUGGCAUCGUCGCUGAUAGACUUCAACGAACUGAGCUCUGUUGCAGCUCUCAACAUGCUGCUGGAGGGAUUGAACAACAAAAAGAGUCUGCCAGCAGGGGGCACUAUGCUGCAUUGCCUGGACAACAUUGCCACGUUCAUGGAGGCUCUUCCCAUGGACUCUCCCAGCAACUUGUGGACAACCAUCUGCAACCAGUUCCAGACCUUCCUCACAAAACUGCCCUGUGUGCUUCCUCUGAAGUGCCACAUGGAUUCCAGUUUGAGGAUUAUCAUCUGCCUGCUGAAAAUCCCAACCACAAAUGCAACCCGGAGUCUCCUGGAACCGUUCUCUAAGUUGCUAAGCUUUGUGAUCCAGUAUGGCACCUUCAGUCUCUCCUACCUUGUAGAACUGUGUGGACUGUGUUACAAGGGCUUCAACAAGGAGAGAGAUAAGUUCUACAUGUCCCGCAUUGUGGUGUUGGAACUUCUGCAGGCGCUCAAGUUCAAGUCCCCUCUCCCCGACACAAACUUGUUACUGCUGGUCCAGUUUGUUUGUGCAGAUAUUGGAACACGUCUGGCUGAAUCCACCAUCAUUCAAAAGCACAUGAUCUCAUCCCUGCAGGGGUGCACAACUGCAGCGAUGGAAUGUAUGAGACAAUACAUAAGUGAGCUCUUGGACUUCAUCGCUGAUAUGCACACGCUGACCAAACUGAAGAGCCACAUGAAGGCUUGUUGUCAGCCGCUGCACGAGGACACUUUUGGGGGCAAUCUGAAAGUGGGACUGGCACAAGUGGCUGCCAUGGAGAUCAGCAAAGGCAAUCAUCGUGAUAACAAAGCCGUGGUUCGUUAUCUGCCCUGGCUUUAUCACCCUCCGUCCACCAUGCAGCAAGGGCCAAAAGAAUUCAUCGAGUGUGUUUCCCACAUCCGUCAACUGUCCUGGCUGCUGCUGGGCUCCCUGACUCACUGUGCCCUGCACCAGGGCUCUACCUCCUGCAUGCCCAUCCCUCUAGACGCCGGCUCCCACAUCGCUGAUCACCUUAUCGUCAUCCUCAUUGGUUUCCCAGAGCAGUCAAAGACCUCAGUGCUGCACAUGUGCUCCCUGUUCCACGCCUUCAUGUUUGCUCAACUCUGGACCAUCUACUGUGAGCAGGCAGCUGCUGCUCCAUCCCUGCAGAACCAGAACCAGACAGAGUUUUCCUCUGGUGCCAUCCUUACGGGUCUAGAGUUCUGGAGUCGGGUUACACCCAGUAUCCUGCAGCUCAUGGCCCACAAUAAAGUGAUGGUGGAGAUGGUGUGUCUCCAUGUCAUCAGUCUGAUGGAAGCUCUGCAGGAGUGCAACUCCACCAUAUUUGUCAAGUUGAUCCCUAUGUGGCUGCCCAUGAUUCAGUCAAACCUGAAGCAUUUGUCUGCUGGGCUGCAGCUGCGUCUCCAGGCCAUCCAGAACAGAGUGAACCACCAGUACCUGCAGGGCCAAACAUCUGGAGUUCCUCCAUUUGCUCUGCGCAAAUGGCUGCAGUGCACACAGUUCAAGAUGGCUCAGGUGGAGAUCCAGUCGUCUGAGGCCGCCUCGCAGUUCUAUCCCAUGUGAUCGUUCUGGCUCCUCGGGCCACGGAUCGACCCUGAGACUGAAAAGUUCUGAGACUGUAGUGUAAACCCAUGCUGUGUGGGAUUUAUUUAGCACUUUUGGUAAAAAAACAUAUAUGUAAAUAUACAGCAAAUCUAUGCUAUUUUAAAGUACGAACACUGGAAGCCCAUGAUUAGUCUGUGUCAGGUGCUGGACUGUUGUGUUCAGCAGAUUGAAAGAGUCGGUCGGUGAAUGGACGGAUUUCUAUAGACCUGCUGUAUGUUAGACAUAGUGAACGAAAGUAAGUGUGUGUUUAAACUUGUAACAGUCACUUUUUAAAUAAGCCUUGAAAGAAGGAGAAUAAAAGUGAGAGUUUUUCUAAAC